GUAACAUCCACCAGCUUAUACAGAAUGGCUCAAAGAUUUAUUGAUCAGGGUCUCAAUAUACUCAGAAGAGUUGGCGGUGGCGUUGAAAAGGCGCUCGGCAGCUACAAGGAGCCUGUCUUCUACAACGCACAAGUCGGAAAGGAACUCUUCAAGCAAGUCUAUCAAGCUGAGAAGUUAUCCCCUCCAAGCUCCUUCUCCCAAGUUGCCAGCACCUGGUCUAACAUUUUCGCAAAGGCUGCACAGCGUCAAACAUACGUUCAGUUAUUCGAAUCAGGCCAGUGGUCAAAAGUUGCUGUCAUCGGUUUAGAGGCAUACGGUAUUUUCAAACUCGGUGAAAUCAUCGGCAAGCGUAAACUUGUCGGCUACGGUCCUAAGGCUCAAGAACACCACUAAUCGCACUAUCAUUUAUAUGUAGACAAGAAUUACAUUAACAUUUCU